AUGGUCAUCCCUUCGAACCGACCACCUCCACCGCCACAGCCAGUCAAAAUGUUUACGGUGAGUGUCCCUUUCCCCACCACACACGCACACAUUUCCGAAGAAAGGCAAAGUCAUAAAGCAGUGCUCUUUUUACGAGUCCUCUCAUGGCGUACGGCUUGCUCGACGAGCCAAUUCGAACACGAAAACGUAACUCUCUUGCUCUCUUUUUUUCUCUAUAUCACACUUGACUCCGUCGCCCAGGCAACCGCAGGCUCUCUUUGUUGACUAGACACCCGUCACUCGACGGGUUUCCCACGACAAACGAGGCGACAAAACGGGGGAAAUUCGCGAAAACCGCGGAUGCCAAAAUCACGAAUUCUUGCAUGCACCAUACUCACCGCGCAUGUACAGUAAGCUUGCGGUUUUUAAACUGACGAUCACGUCAGAAACAGUGAACAAUAAGAAAAAUAAACCGAAAAUCGUCAAAAGUAACUUUGAAAAAUAUAUUUGGCCAAACAAAGUUGUAUUCAAGAACCCAUAAUUUGAUUUUGAUGGAAAAGCCGUUUGGUUAGUGACACGUGCGCGUCAAGUAUGGCGCAUGCAAGAAUCCGCGAUUUUGGCUUUUUUUCCGCGAUUUUGGUUUCGGCGAGUUUGGCAUCCGCGGUUUUCCUGAAUUCCCCCGUUUUGGCAUGGCCGUUCAAGUUUCUCCAGGUGUAAUAGAGUGCUCGCGUUCCGUUGCAAGGGUCUAUUUUUUCAGGGUGUUCGCCGACGGCCUCCGUUGAAUCGGGCAUGUCCCCCCAUUCCGGAGAGCAAAAGUAACGAGUCCAUAAUGAGCCACGCGUCAAAAGUAUCCGAAGUAAGUGCCCGAUCUUUCCAUUCUCUCCCAUUCUUUUCAUCUUUUCAGCAACAAAAAGCAGCCGCCUCCGACACCACCGCGGACCUGGUAAUCGAGAACCGAAACGUCGUCGACGUGCUUCAUCGACUCGACUCGAAUUCCAAUGUGAGCCCCUUUCUCUCGUCUCUUCCAUCAAUACUGCACAAUGAUUAAUUCGUCGACUGCACGUUUUUGGCUCACACGCUCCUCGCUGCUUCUUCUCCUGUUUGCCUAUUGACGGAAGACACGGAGAAUGAAAAUGAUGAAAUGCAUUUUUGGAUCGAAGAGAGCAUAAAUUAGCAUUCGAUUACACCCCAACCCAAGACGUUUUUGCCAGUUCCCCCCUAGAAUCCGUGUCGUGUCCCUAUUCGGCUCCGCCUUCCGAAUCUCGGUUUCCGAUUCUUUUGUGGUAGCAUUCCGUCUCCUGCUGCUGUAUGCAUUUUGGCGUUUUGCGCAGGCACAAGAUAAGUUUAGGCGUGUCGCGGCUUCCCACCCAAGGGACCAUUCAAUUUCAUGUUUGUCCCCUUCAUUCCUUGAUUGUCCCACCCUUCUCCCCACUCGACUCCUCGACUUUUACACCACUUGCACUUAUUUCAGAUUGCUACGAGAAAUCCGAAAGACAAGAAAGGCAAAAUGUCGUCGACACCCAGAAGUCCUUUGAUGAGCAUGGCGAACAGUGUGAAGAGCAAACUGACCAAGAUCACCCAUUUGGGAAGGAGCUCCGAGAGCAGUUCAUCGUCGAGUAUCAAGACAAGCCAAAGCUUCUCCGGGUGAGCUCGUGUGUACUAAUUUCCCCCGAUCUCUGAUAGUCCAUCGCCACGUCAUGCUCAAAACUUUCCCAUCCCCAUGCAUUUUUUGUGCUCUUAUUGGUCUGACCAGUCGUUUUCGUUUCCGUCACUUGCCUCAUGGCACCUCUCCUCAACUGUAGCUCUCGUAAUAAUGAUGCCUGCAGGCUCACGGAAAAGAGCAAUUACCCGGAAAGUUUGACGCACGAAAACAUUUCCUUUAGUCCAUUUUGACGAACAACUGGAACGAGCACGCCUCGUUCUCUUUCUCCCAUCUCAUCGUUUUGUUUUCGUUCCGACAAAGAGAGCCAAAAGAGGAAGGGUGCCUGCUAAGCUCACCGCCGCCAAUGAUAUAUUCGAGAGAAAGAGCUGUGACUUAUGCACGCGUGUCAUCCAUAAGCCCUCCGUUUCCUGCUCCGUCCUUCUCCAGAUUUUUGUGUAUUUCCUCUUUCUUCUCCCCUGUUGACUCGUUUGUCGAGCAAACAACACAAACAUAGACACACUCUCUCUCUUUCAAGUUUUGAAGUCUUGUUUCCAGAAUACGACAACCGAAGCAAGUGCCAAAGCGGAUUGAUCAGAACGCGAACAGAGUGAUCAAGUCUUCGUCUAUGGAAGUUCCUUCCACUUCGAAGGUCUGUAUUCCACAGGAUCCGACCCCACUUGUUGACGACAAGAUCGAAGAAAUCUCUGAAGGUGGCCUGAUCUCGAAAAGUGAAAUGGCACCUCCGAAACCAAUGGAACACGUGUGUGUGAAGCUAGAAGAAGACGUGCUCGUGGUCACGAAGGAGUUUGAUGAACGGUAUCCAGGGUUGGUUGAAGCACUUCAGAUGCAAUAUAUGAUGUUGUAUUCCAGGCAGAAAAGAUCGGCGAGCCCGGAUGCUCCACUUGUGGAGGAGAGUCAGACAUUGACGGAACUGGAUCAGCUUCCCUCCGAACAGACAGUUGACGCAUUCAGCGAGGAAGACUCAAAACUGGACAGCAAUGGAAAUCAGAAGACGCCCGGGCCCGUCAGGAGAGUGAUUAUGGAAACAACCACAACUGUCACUACUACAACCUCCUCGGACUUCAGUCCAAUUCCUGCUGAAAUUGAAGAGAAGCAAGAGAUCGAGGAAGAAGUUCCGGAAGUUGAACAGCUCUCUUCUGCUGUUCCCGAUUCUAUUCCCAUUGAGGAAGCUGUUCAGAAUUCGCAUAAAGAACGAGUCACGUCGCCUGAAAGAUAUGUUCUUCUUGUGAAAACUCCUGAAGCACUGCGGAAGCAUCGCACUUUGACGAUUGGAGAAAAAGAGGCAGAGCCAGCACCUCUGAUGGAAGAGCAGAUUCAGUACUCGAAGUUGGAAACUGUCAAGUUCAAGGAGAUCAAAGAGAAGAUCAAGGUGGAGGAGGCCCCUCCGAAGGAGAAGUUCAUUCUGACUGUCAAGACUCCGGAAGCAUUGAGAAGACAUCACACGUUCACGAUCAGGGACAAGUCUCCGGAAGAGAUGAAGAUCUGUAAAUCCCAAUCAGAUGUGCACGUGAGCAAGAAGUUGGUGAAACAGUCGUCGGAGCCGGAGAGGAAGACGAUCGAGAAGGAUCUGCUAAAGGAAGAGACUGAGAAUCUACUGCCACAGCCGAAGUUUGUGAUGGUAAUGAAAACGCCGGAAUGCCUUAGAAGACAUCACACGUUCACGAUCGGAGACAGACCGAAGAGUCCGGACUAUCCGUACAUCGAAGAGGGAGAGAUCACCGAACCGAUUGCGACGAUCGGACCACCUGCGGACAGACGGAAGAAGGAGGAGGAGAAGGAGCGGAAGCGAAAGGAGUGGGAAGAGUACGAGAAGCCGAAAGAGAAGUACAUUUUGACAACGACGACUCCUCUCGCUAUUCGGAAGUAUCAGACUUUCGUGGUGGAGACAAAGGAUGAGAAACCGUUGCCGCAGUCCGUGAGUGCCGAUGCAGUGAUGAUGACGAAGAAGGGAAAAGUGCAGAGAUCCGAAUCGACGGAUUCCAAGAAGCACAGUUAUUUGCGACGCCUUCAGUUCGAAUUGUUCCGCGGGAGAAGCAGAGAACGAAAGUCGGAGAAACAGGAAAAGAGGCAGAAGUCGCUGGAUGAGCGGAAGCCCGAGUCGGCACAAAAGUACAUCCUUUCGACGACAACUCCGAUAAUGAUGCGGAAGUACCAGACGUUUGCGAUUGUCGACGGAAGGUCAAAAGAACAGCAAACCAACUUGGAGUCCAUCGCGUCGUCUUACAAAAGAGAGCAGUCUUACGAAGAGGAGAAAACAACGUCGCCCGUCAGAACUUCGGAUUUCUAUUCUAUCACUGCUACUACUCCCGUUGCGAAACGGAAAAUGGUCGUGGAUGGUAAGAGAACAGGAAAUGAAAUGUUAUAAUUGAUGAUUCCUCAUGUUUCAGAGAGCAUCACGUCUUCGGUUCAACAAUUAUCUCUCGAAGAAGCCGUCGGAAGUCCAUCUCGGAGAGCCAUUUCCCCUGAACCACGUCACUUAUUCGUAAUGGGAGGAAGACGAUCGACGACCCCGAAGGAAGAACGACGAGCCGAUCAUUUGGUUGAGCCCCCGAGAAAUUUGAAACUGGACACUACGGACAGAAGCCAAUCUGACAAAGCAGAACUGUUGGAAGAACGAAAGUCGACAAUGUCGGGAGAUCUGACGUCUCCGGAAGAAGAGAUUCCGAUGGACACGAACCUGACGCCGACUACAGAAGAAGUUAUGGAGGCGGUCAUUAUCUCGCGGAGGAUUGAAGGCCUAAUGACGUCUCCGAUCGAAGAAGAGCCGGAAGGCAUCACGUCGUCCAUCCGCGACUUGUCCAUCAAGUCAUCGGAGAAGAAGAGGGACAGCGAUUCCGAGAGGCCUGCUCCCGUCUUCACUCCGCCGAGCCCGCCGAAAGAGAAACCGUUCCCUGUGAUGACUGUUCCAAAGUCCACGUCAACGUCUUCUUCCGAUUCUGCUGCCACGUCUUCUUCGCGAGCUAUGAAACCGACACAACUGCCGAUCAAGAAGACAACUCAAGUGAUCGAUCCGAUGCACAUUGUUCAAUUAAAGCCGGAGCACAAGUCUAAGAAAGAGGCGCUGGCCGCGAAGUGAGUAGUCCGUCCGCACGGCUUCUUUCUGUUCUGUUUGUGCUUCUCCCGUCUCUUUCUGCCUGUUUUCCCCUUGUAGUCACUUCUGUAUUGUAUAUAUUCAGCAUUCUCAGGUCUCUCCGAAAUGCUGGAAAAAUGCUCACUCCGUCAUUCCUUCGAAAGGAUAAGAAGGUAAGCGUAAAAGGGUUGAGCAGAUGGAAAUUGGAUACUUCAGGGUCCUAAGAAACCAUUGUAUGCAAAGACUACAUCAACUGGUAGACAACAUAUUUCCGAGAAGUUAGAAAGGUAUUUGGACGAGUGCGCCGUCGUCUUCCUUCAAAUAAUAUUUUCAGAAAAGCGCCUCUGGCAGAAGGCGAGUCCUCCGUGGUGGCCAACUCCCCGCUCGUCGAGAAUCUGCCCAUCACAUUCGAGAAAUGGAGCAAUAAGAGUCCGCGGCUGAGUGUGAAACACUUCAGCGAGACCAUCAUGGAAGAGGGUCUCGACGCUAAUGCGAAUGCAAUGUCACCACGUAAGUAGUGUGGGCUCCAAAAAGCAUCCUUGAGCCGCUGAGACACAACCUCAUUAGGAGAGGCGGCCGAGAAGAGCCGUCCAAAUCCAAUUACUUUGUCGCGCACAACAAUAACAGAAGGAAGCGAGGCGAGAAAAGAAGAGAAACUUUGCAGAGCACGAGCUCCGCGUUAUUCCGACUGCGCAUGCUGUGCAAGACAACACAGGCCUCAUCGACGAUGAUAUUAUGUGAGUUUCAAUUUGAAAGAAUUCAAAUGCCUCCGGGGCAUCUGUCUUCUUCUUCUUCUUCCACUCAAAGAAAGAGUCUCGAAUUUCUUCAUUAUCUCGAUUUCAAUCUAUGCGAAACACAGCACGCCUUCUGGCUCUUCUCCCCCAAUUCUGUUUCAUUCUUUCCCAUCAUCAUUGGCCCAAUUUGCAGCGAUCAGCCGAUGCUCGUAGGCGACACAUUCUCGCAUUCCUCCUCAAUCGACUGUCUGUCUGCUCACCAGAGAAUGAACGAAUCCAUCAUUUCCAUCGACCGCUCGAUCGUCCAACCUGACUCGUAAGCUCCCUUUCUUUUCCUGCUCAAGACGCUGCGGCAGGAACAAAAUCAUCUGCGCAAACACGUUUCGGUUCUUCUCUCUCUCUCUCUCUUUCUCUGUUCCCGUUGCUUUCCAUUGUUACCCGAUCGCGUGUAUCGCGGUCAGAGGCGAGAGGAAACGAGAGUAGGAAGGGGCCGGGCCGCCCGAACAUACACCUUUCUCAUAUGUAUUGAAACGAACUUGCGGCCGGACUGCUGCAAUCUCUCCAUGAUUGAUUGCUUUCUAUCGCCCAUUCUCUCCUCCUUCAUCAGGCAAAAACUACUGAAAUUCCGCCUGUUAUCUGAUCGUGUUCCAUUUUCAGAAGGAGCAGCAAUCACGGAGCACACAACCAGAACAAUGUGAACAGGUAAAUUUUUGUGGACAAUUCUUUGCAACGUUUGUUUGUUUUGUACAGAAAUUCAUACAUCGAGACAAGUCUGGACAGACAGAUUGAUGCCGGACGCUCCGAAGUACAGGACAUUAAGACGCAACUGCAGAAAUUGAACCGAUUAGUGAAUGUGAGUCAGAGUCAAUGUUACCGUAGACAAAUUUAUGACGAAAGUUUACGAUGCUGGGAAUGAAUGGUUUUCUUUAGAAUAGGGCUGGAAUGUGGGCCACUUUCGUAUCAUACUUCACAUGAUAAUCACUUCCUUCUACAUGACUUGAAUUGAAAUGGCGUCAACAGGAUUACAAUUGAAAAUGACUAAAAUUGCAGGAGAUGGGAGUGAGCGGAUGGGAAGAAGAGCUCGCACGACUCCGUCACGAAAAUGAGAAGCUCAGGAGGGAGCUCGCGGAAAGGGACGCCACCAUCGCGGCUCUGCAGUCUCAGACAGUCUCUUCUUAA